GCGGCAAGCAUGCAUCAAUCAACGAGCAUUCUUCUUUGGACGUCACGUGACCCACAGGUUCUGUGUGGUGCUGUGCCUUCAAGAAUACACCGCUAUGCGUCCCUUCCCACUUGUGUAGCGCGUACAUACAAGUGAUGGCAGAGCGUUCACGUCUUUCUCGCACCCACAGAAUGUAUAGGGGGCGAUAGAUAUAUGCUGUAUACAUCUGGACAUGUAUGCAGGUGCUCUCCAGAUCCGCAGUGCCGGUGUUGUCCCUUGGCCGUUGCUGUACAUGUACCUUUGUGCGCUUUGUGUGCGUGAGAAUGGUUGAUGAUGGUGAUGAUAAUGCUGUUGUUGUUAUGGCGACUCGGAGGGCGAAACACGAGAGGAAUGAGAAGGCAUUGCGGCAGUGUCAAGCAAUACAUAUACACCCGAGUGAUUCUCGCUGGGGGAGUUCCCUCUUCGUCCAUUAUCAGCAGCGAUCACCAUCCAAGCUCUCAUUGCCAUUGCUUCCCGCACCCGAUCCCCCGGAAGAGCAGCUCGCUUACGACGGAGACCGUGACGGGAACAAGUCAGCCCGCUGGCUCGGCGCGUCGAGAGCGCACGCGCGCUUGCAGAGAGCGACAGUCCGCCUCCGCCAGAGGGAGGAGAACAAGAGCGCGACAAACAAGCACACAAACACGGCUUGACUUUGCGCGAACAAACACACCGUGUACUUCUUUGACUCGUCCCCGCUGGGACGC